CCUUGGUCGAGGCAAGGAUCUAGAUCUGGACCUUGAUCUGGGCCUCGAGUGGGAUCUUGAUCUAGACCUUGACAAACAUGGCAACAUAUUUUUUAACCUCCAGAAAUUGGUACUCACAAGGAGAGACAGGGAGAGAGGUACCUUUUGUUGAAUGAAAAAGGUGAGAAAAUAAAGGAGCAAACUGGGGUUGUAAGGACCAACUGUAUUGAUUGUUUAGACCGUACAAACGUUACCCAGAGCAUGAUUGGUCGAAGAAUGUUGGAAAUCCAACUUAGAAGGAUUGGUGCUUUUGCUGCAGAAGAAAAAAUUAGCUCACACCCAAAUUUUGAUGACAGCUUUAAGAUAUUAUGGGCCAACCAUGGGGAUGACAUAAGCAUUCAAUAUUCUGGAACUCCUGCUUUAAAAGGAGAUUUUGUAAGAUGUGGCCAGCGGACAGCCCAAGGGAUCCUUAAAGAUGGUUGGAAUGCACUUGCUCGUUAUUACUUCAAUAACUUCUCUGAUGGUGUAAAACAGGAUGCAAUUGAUCUCUUACAUGGGCAUUACAUUAUGUCUGUGAGCCGAGAUAUGACCCCUCCUUCUCAAACUGGAGGCCUCGAGAAUAUAGCUUCUUUUCCGCUGGCGCUAUCAUUGGUCUUGACUGGGUUCUUUUUUACCCUUAUGUCACUUCGGCAAGUUCGAUAUGAUCUUCGUCACUUAAUCUUCUCAACUAUAUGGGCAGGCCUUACUGUAGCUAUUGCAGCAUUUGUGAGGGCUAAUGGACGGAUUUUCUGCAAUCGGCCUCGUUUGCAUAAACCUGGGCAUUGAUUAUAGGUUCAGAAUGCUCUGGCAUAGAUGACUUUCCUGUGAAAUUCUUGGCAUGGUGCUUACUUUUUAUUAUCAUAAAUUUUUCUUUGUAUUCUACAUAGCUUUGAUACUCGAAUUCUAUCACGAGGUCUAAUGAUUCCCAUUCAUGCAUUUGUUGGCCUGAACAGCAAUUGCUUUUUUACGUUA